UCUCACUGUUCGUGUGCCGCCCGCUCAACCGCCCCCUGGAACCAACCUCUGCACGAUGCAACGCCGGCAUAGCGGAGUAAAUCCAGAUCAGCUACCGCAUGAGAAUCAUCAGGUGAACAGUCCACGCGCGAGUAUGCCACGAAAGAACUCGAUGCCGGCAGGUGAGUCGAGUCGGUCGUCGGACCACCGGACGUCGGCGUCGCCAAGCGGCGGUGGAGGCGGCAGAGGAAGACGCUACAACCGAUGGACUCUGGUCGUUGUGUCUGGCCUCUUGGCGUUCUUCGUGCUGUCGGAACUCCGGUAUCAACAAGGAUGCGACGUGAGCGAGUCGUUUUCCCGACACACGUCGCGCAUCGGCGGGAUCACCCUGUCUGUCCUUGACAAGGUGAAUGUGAUACACUGGCUUGCGUUUGGGACUUUGAUGGAAGCGCUGCUUCUCGCCAAUGCCAAGGGCGACGCCGGCACGCUCCUGGCCGCGGCGAAAUCAUCCGUCGGGCGGCGGCCGCCACCCCUCGACAUGGACUUCCACGUAUCCACGGUCGAGAUCGCCGUGGACACAACGUCGAUGGACGAUACUGCGUUCUGGCACAUCGUGACCGAGCUAGAAGCCAACCAUCUGCACGUUCACUUCGACCCGUCGCAACGAAUGAUGCGCAUCUUCGAUAAGGACGAGUCGUUUGACCCGACUGCCCUCCCCAACAAGUACAUCCCGUCGUGGUGCGUCUCCGAGCCGUACCACGCAGGCCAGCCGCACGCCAUGCUCUGGUUUGUCCAUCGAGACACCAAGGCCGCGACGUACAGCGUCAAGCAGGACGGAACCAACCGCCGCCGCGUAUUCGCCGAGCAAGACGUGGUGCCAUUGAAGCACCUCGACUUCCUCGGGCGGGUGGUGGCCGUACCUGCUAACGCCCAAAAGGUCGUCGCGCAAGAGUUUGCGAAAGAACUCCACGAUGGCAUUGUGAUCAAGGGACGGAGUCAAUGUGUUGAAGAGUUGGUUCGUGGUGAUGCCUUCUUCCAAGCCGAGUCGUCCCGGUGGUUGUGGCUGGGCUUGUUUGGGUUGACCACCCUGGCGGUGUACAAAGGUCUCUUUGCACUUUAUGACGUGGCAGCACCAGCGCCGUCGAAACUGCGGAGUUUGACUGACACAGACCACAAAGCGUUUGUGUAAUAUAUAUUUUUUAAAAAUAUUAAAAAACACAUGAAUACCCCACA